AAAGUAGAAAUUUAAAAAGUAAAAAAAAAAAAAAAGCUAUGUGAAUUGCAGCGAGUUCUCUUCCACUAGUGGUGGUGGCGAGCAUAAGCAAAGAAGAACAGGAAAGCCUCAGUUACCACUUUGAUGAUACCACCAAACACAUAACCUCACUAACUUCGUCUCUCUUUCUCUCUCUUUUUCUGCCAAUGCUGUCCAUGAUUUUCACUGACACUUAGUUCAGACCCAGUAUUUUUACCUCUCUCUUAACCCUUCUGAUCUCUCUGCCAUCUUUGUUUGUUUAGACUUUAGAGAGCUAUGAGAAAUUCCCUUUUCUUGGUGGCUCUCAUAACACUUGCUCUUGCUUACACUCUUCAGUUCCAAGCUCAUGCUGCUGCUCCAGCUGGGCCAUUGAUAAAGCAUUUGUCCUCUCUUGUCAAAUGGACCAGGUCCUCCUCCAAAACACCCCAAUCAGAUGGGAAUUUUCUUCAGUUUGAAGAUGGGUACUUAGUUGAAACUGUUCUUCAAGGGAAUGACAUUGGAGUAGAACCUUACAAAAUUCGGGUAUCCGAAGAUGGUGAAUUAUUUGCUGUUGAUUCAGUUAAUAGCAACGUUGUCCGGAUCACUCCACCAUUAUCCCAAUAUAGUAGAGCAAGAUUAGUUGCUGGGUCAUUUCAAGGUUACAAAGGGCAUGUGGAUGGAAAACCAAGUGAGGCUCGUUUUAAUCAUCCCAAAGGUGUUACCAUGGAUGAUAAGGGGAAUGUUUAUGUUGCUGAUACUUUGAAUCUCGCCAUCAGAAAGAUCAGCGAUGCCGGCGUCACAACCAUUGCCGGAGGAAAAUCAAAUGUUGUAGGAUACAGAGAUGGGCCUAGUGAGGAUGCCAAAUUCUCAAAUGAUUUUGAUGUUGUAUACAUCCGGCCAACUUGUUCCUUGUUAGUUAUCGACAGGGGAAAUGCUGCUCUUCGUCAAAUCUCUCUCAACGAGGAGGAUUGUGAUUAUCAGUACAGUUCAAUUUCUCCCACAGAUGUCCUUAUGGUUAUCGGCGCUGUCUUGGUAGGAUAUGCUACAUGCUUGCUUCAGCAGGGAUUUGGGCCUUCUUUCUUCCCAAAAAUGCAGACGUCAGAGAACGACAUUAAAGGAAAACCAAGUGAGGAGAAAUUCAUUCCCGUUGUGGAAGGCACAAAAGAUGAGCCAGGAUGGCCAUCUUUUGGACAGCUCAUCAUUGAUCUAUCGAAGCUCGGACUUGAAGUGUUGGCUGGCUUAUUUCUUUACUUUGUUCCCUCUCGUUUCAGAUCCGUUAACGGUGCCAAGAAAGGCCUCACACCAUUGAAAGAUACUCUCAAGAUGCCUGAAGAUGAAGCCAAGCCUCCAUUUGUGCAGAGACAAAGUGCUCGUGCUCCUAUUUCUGAAACUCGCCAUGCCCAUGCGUCACCCAUUGUAAGUGAUAAGUAUUCAGAUUUAAAGCCCCCUAAGAUGAAAUCAAGCAGUUUUAAGGAUCCAUCAUUGUCAAGCAAGCACCGGUCCUCAAAACGCCAGGAGUACGCAGAAUUCUAUGGAUCUGGUGAGGUGGCCCCUCCUAGUGGCAGGUCUAAGAGCCAGAAAGAAAGAACAAGGCAUCGCCAGCGUGAAAAGAGUGGCGAGGUAGUUUUUGGAGCAGUUGGCGCUGAGCCAAAACCUGUUGAGGUCAAGCCAGUGAAUUAUGACAACCCAAAAUUCGAUCAUUACAACAUGAGGGCCAGGUACACUCCUGACGAUUCCUUCCGAUUUUGAAUACCCUACAAGCAUGGUGAAUUUUCGAAAUACCAAUUGUUUUGCUCAAUCUUGAAUGUGCCUCCUUUUCGAGCUACACCACAGUUCAAGUUCUUUAGAGUCUGUCUGUAACUAAUGAUGUAUGUUUUAGAAAGAAAAAGAAAUAUUGAUAGGAUUGAAACUCAGCAACAAUUAACUGAUUAUUUUAGUUGUUGAGAAGCUUUUGACACGUUGUUGUAGAAGAUUAAGCCCAUUUUCAUGUACCAAAGUUGGUAAGCUCAAAAUGUACUGAAAUUCUCUUUUGUCUAA